AUGUCAUUUUAAGUCACUAGCAGCUUUACCAUGAGCUGGGAAGUGUUUCUGUUUCUUGUAUUCUCGGCUGGUUUCAUUGACACAAAGGCCAACAGGUGCUCUCCGCGAUGUGUAUCUAUUGAAGAGAUUAAUACUCUCUGGGCAAACGAAGAUCCUAAACACUAUUGGCAGUGCGAUCCAGUAGACGAAGGUGUUUGGAAUCCCGUUCUAAGAAUAUGUGCUCCAGCUACGUUGUUCAGUUUCCGUCAGCAAACCUGUGUCGAUCCGGACGAUUGGGAGGAUGUCUGCAUGCCUGGAAAUGGAGAUGGCAGUGAAUCGGAUGAGAAUGAAUCGGGUGUCACGGAUCCGGAUGAUGAAGAUUCAAAUGGUUCUGAUGGAGAUGGAACUGAUCCUGAUGACAAAGAUCCAGGAGACAAUGAUUCUGAUGGCGAUGGGACGGAUCCUGAUGAAGAAAAUCCAGAGAGUGAGGAGCCUGAUGAUUCAAAACCAGUUGAAGAAGAUUCUGAUGAAAAUAAUCCUGGCCAGCCGGAAAGCGAUGAAAUAAUUUCGGAUCCUUGUAUUCCACGGUGCAGAACACAGAAAGAAAUCGAUACCUUGUGGGCUUAUAAAGAUCCUGAACACUAUUGGCAGUGCAAUCCAUUGGAGGAAGGAAUCUGGAUUCCUAUUCUGCGAAUUUGUGCUCCAGAGACGUUAUUCAGUUUCCGCCAACAAACCUGUGUUCAUCCAAGCGAUUGGGAAGAAGUCUGUGUUCCUGGAGGUGAAGAUGGUGGUGAAUCGGAUGAGAAUGAAUCGGGUGUCACGGAUCCGGAUGAUGAAGAUUCAAAUGGUUCCGAUGGAGAUGGAACUGAUCCUGAUGACAAAGAUCCAGGAGACAACGAUUCUGAUGGCGAUGGAAAAGAUCCCGAUGAAGAAGAUCCAGAGAGUGAUGAACCUGAUCCGGAUGAUGAUGAUUCAAAUGGUUCCGAUGGAGAUGGAACUGAUCCUGAUGACAAAGAUCCAGGAGACAAUGAUUCUGAUGGCGAUGGGACGGAUCCUGAUGAAGAAGAUCCAGAGAGUGAGGAGCCUGAUGAUUCAAAACCAGUUGAAGAAGAUUCUGAUGAAAAUAAUCCUGGCCACCCAGAAAGCGAUGAAAUAAUUUCGGAUCCUUGUAUUCCACGCUGCAGAACACAGAAAGAAAUCGAUACCUUGUGGGCUUAUAAAGAUCCUGAACACUAUUGGCAGUGCAAUCCAUUGGAGGAAGGAAUCUGGAUUCCUAUUCUGCGAAUUUGUGCUCCAGAGACGUUAUUCAGUUUCCGCCAACAAACCUGUGUUCAUCCAAGCGAUUGGGAAGAAGUCUGUGUUCCUGGAGGUGAAGAUGGUGGUGAAUCGGAUGAGAAUGAAUCGGGUGUCACGGAUCCGGAUGAUGAAGAUUCAAAUGGUUCCGAUGGAGAUGGAACUGAUCCUGAUGACAAAGAUCCAGGAGACAACGAUUCUGAUGGCGAUGGAAAAGAUCCCGAUGAAGAAGAUCCAGAGAGUGAUGAACCUGAUCCGGAUGAUGAUGAUUCAAAUGGUUCCGAUGGAGAUGGAACUGAUCCUGAUGACAAAGAUCCAGGAGACAAUGAUUCUGAUGGCGAUGGGACGGAUCCUGAUGAAGAAGAUCCAGAGAGUGAGGAGCCUGAUGAUUCAAAACCAGUUGAAGAAGAUUCUGAUGAAAAUAAUCCUGGCCACCCAGAAAGCGAUGAAAUAAUUUCGGAUCCUUGUAUUCCACGCUGCAGAACACAGAAAGAAAUCGAUACCUUGUGGGCUUAUAAAGAUCCUGAACACUAUUGGCAGUGCAAUCCAUUGGAGGAAGGAAUCUGGAUUCCUAUUCUGCGAAUUUGUGCUCCAGAGACGUUAUUCAGUUUCCGCCAACAAACCUGUGUUCAUCCAAGCGAUUGGGAAGAAGUCUGUGUUCCUGGAGGUGAAGAUGGUGGUGAAUCGGAUGAGAAUGAAUCGGGUGUCACGGAUCCGGAUGAUGAAGAUUCAAAUGGUUCCGAUGGAGAUGGAACUGAUCCUGAUGACAAAGAUCCAGGAGACAACGAUUCUGAUGGCGAUGGAAAAGAUCCCGAUGAAGAAGAUCCAGAGAGUGAUGAACCUGAUCCGGAUGAUGAUGAUUCAAAUGGUUCCGAUGGAGAUGGAACUGAUCCUGAUGACAAAGAUCCAGGAGAGAAUGAUUCUGAUGGUGAUGGGACGGAUCCUGAUGAAGAAGAUCCAGAGAGUGAGGAGCCUGAUGAUUCAAAACCAGUUGAAGAAGAUUCUGAUGAAAAUAAUCCAGGCCAGCCGGAAAGCGAUGAAAUAAUUUCGGAUCCUUGUAUUCCACGGUGCAGAACACAGAAAGAAAUCGAUACCUUGUGGGCUUUUAAAGAUCCUGAACACUAUUGGCAGUGCAAUCCAUUGGAGGAAGGAAUCUGGAUUCCUGUUCUGCGAAUUUGUGCUCCAGAGACGAUAUUCAGUUUCCGCCAACAAACCUGCGUUCAUCCAAGCGAUUGGGAAGAAGUCUGUGUUCCUGGAGGUGAAGAUGGUGGUGAAUCGGAUGAGAAUGAAUCGGGUGUCACGGAUCCGGAUGAAGAAGAUUCAAAUGGUUCUGAUGAAGAUGGAACUGAUCCUGAUGACAAAGAUCCAGGAGACAAUGAUUCUGAUGGUGAUGGGAAGGAUCCUGAUGAAGAAGAUCCAGAGAGUGAGGAACCUGAUCCGGAUGAUGAUGAUUCAAAUGGUUCCGAUGGAGAUGGAACUGAUCCUGAUGACAAAGAUCCAGGAGACAAUGAUUCUGAUGAUGAUGGGACGGAUCCUGAUGAAGAAGAUCCAGAGAGUGAGGAGCCUGAUGAUUCAACACCAGUUGAAGAAGAUUCUGAUGAAAAUAAUCCUGGCCAGCCGGAAAGCGAUGAAAUAAUUUCGGAUCCUUGUAUUCCACGAUGCAGAACACAAAAAGAAAUCGAUACCUUAUGGGCUUAUGAAGAUCCUGAACACUAUUGGCAGUGCGUUCCAUUGGAGGAAGGAAUCUGGAUUCCUGUUCUACGAAUUUGUGCUCCAGAAACGUUAUUCAGUUUCCGCCAACAAACCUGCGUUCAUCCAAGCGAUUGGGAAGAAAUAUGUGUUUCUAGAGAUGGAAUUUCAAAUGAUUCAAGCAUGUGUCCUGCACCUUCUUGUCAUUCUUUCGAUGAUACCAGAACACUCUGGGCAUUACACGACCCACACUUUUUCCUUGAGUGCAUAUCGUCAAACUCCAGCGAUUGGGUACUUCGUCGAACAUCUUGUGCUGCGGGAACUUGGUUCAACUUCCACGUACAAGCUUGCGUUUUUCUCGAAGAUUGGAAAGCCUGUGCUAGUCAACGCAUAGAUAAUCACGAGGCUCAUGCAGAUCGAUUCACUCAAACAGCUUGUCGUUGUGCUAGCUCUAGUAUUGAUUACGGCACGACCAACGCAUGUGCUUGUAGUGACCCACUGGUUUCAGAUAAGGUUAUCUGUGGUGUACCAAGAUGUCAAACAGAACAGGACAAACGCCUGCUUUGGCCUGGAUCCGCGGGUAAUAGUUAUUAUCGGUGUGUAUCGGACGGAUCGCUAGUUACCAAAGCCAUUGGACUACGCUGUCCUGAAGGAAGGAUGUUCGAUUGGAAUCUACAACGCUGUGUUCCCUGGAUGAAAGGUGUUGUAUCUUGUUUAGUGAAACCGGUGUCCAAUCGGCCUUGAGUUUUUCUCUUGGUGGCAUAUUCUAAUCCGUUAUCAUACUUGUUAACUUAGCACUUGUGUUUACCAUGGAAAAUUGUAUAAUUAGCAAAAAUAUACGAUUAAUCUAUUGCA